GGGAAAAAAGCGAAGUGAUCCAUUGAACCAAAAGUCUUUGCCCUCUCUUAAUUACGUAGUGGCCCAUAUCUUUUCUCUUUUUUUUUUCCACUUAAAAAAAAAAAAAAAUCUUUCUUCUGUACUUGAAGACCUCUGGUUAUUGGUAAUUAGCUUGAGGAGAAUAAAACCAGCCGAUUGUGAGAGGGGUGGUGCAUUGUGGAGCGAGAUGGCUAACAGAAUGGUUCUAUCACUCCUUCAUGGUCUCUUCUACCUAUCUCUGAUUCAGCCCUCUCUUCAAGGAGGUGUGUAUGUGCCGGCUGGUGCUGGAGUCAGACCAGGAGCAGGAGGAUCUGGACCAGGUGCUGGUCUCUACCCAGGAGCUGGUGGGAUACCUGCAGGAGCAGGCUACAAACCAGCUAAAACUGGUGCUGGAGGAUAUGGAGGACGGGGUGGUGCUGGAGGUCUGGUCCCUGGUGGCGGGGCUGGAGGCAUAGGAGGAGGAGGAGUCGGUGGAAAGGGCCCCAAACCUGGUUAUGGAAACCUUGGUGCUGGUGGUGUUGGGGGUGGUGGUCUUGGUGGUGGAGGAUAUGGAGCUGGUCCUGGAGCCACUGGUCUAGGAACAGGAAGCUUUGGAGGAGGAGGAGGAUACGCUAAGCCUGGAGCUGGUUAUGGAGGAGGCUCGCCGUAUGGCGGCUCGACUUAUGGAGGAGGUGGUGCUGGGAGCUUCUUCCCUGGAGGUGGUCUGGGACAGAAGGCAGGACCCAAACCAGGCUAUGGGGCAGGCGCUGGACUACAACCAGGCUAUGGUGCAGGUGGACUACAGCCAGGCUAUGGCGGUGGUGGAUUACAGCCAGGUUUAGGGGGACCUGGAGGUGCAGGAACAGGAGCUGCGGUGCCUGCAGGAGCACCUGUUAUUCCUCAGACUGGACUACCUGGAGGUGGGCUGGGACCUGGUGCCGGAAAAGGAAAGGCUCCAAAAGGAGGAGUGCCAGGUGUGGGGGUGCCUGGACUUUACCAAGGUGGCCAGGUGCCAGGACAAGGGUUUGGUGGUCGUGGAGUGCUGCCUGGUGUGGCCACUGGGAACGGACUCAAUCCCAAAUCAUUGCCAGGUGGAGGACAACAGGGACCAGGAGGCUCAGGUCGUGUUGGUUACGGAGGACCAAUGCAGCCAGGAGUAUUCCAUGGAUACCCACUCAAAACUCCCAAAACACAAGGUGGCUAUGGAGCGAAAGCUGGAGGAGCUGGAGGCAAACUUCCAUUUGGAUACGGGGGCUUUGGUGGUGGUGGUGGAGCAGGCCUUCCUGGGGGAAAAGGAGGUCCUGGAUCCAAGCCUGGAUACCCCAUUGGAACUGGAGUGGGGACAGGAGGUCUUAACCCGGCCCAGGCUCAAGCUAAAGCUGCUAAAUAUGGUGCUGGUUUGGGUGGUGUGCCUGGUGCAGGUGGAGCCUACCCUGGAGCGGGAGGAGCUUACCCUGGAGGAUAUAAUCCUGCUGCAGCCAAAGCUGCUAAAUAUGGAGUCCCAGGAGGUGCAGGGGGCGUCCCAGGUCUUGGAUCAGUAGCAGGAGGAGCAGGAGGAGUACCUGGAGGGGUACCCGGAGGAACUGGAGGAUAUAACCCUGCUGCGGCCAAAGCUGCUAAAUAUGGAGUUCCAGGGGGUGCAGGAGCAGGCCUAGGAGCUGGAGGACUUGGAGGAGUACCAGGAGGGGUACUAGGAGCUGGAGGACUUGGAGGAGUACCAGGAGGGGGAGGUGUACCUGGGGCUGGAGGAUAUAAUCCCGCAGCGGCCAAAGCAGCUAAAUAUGGACUCCCUGGAGGAGGUGCAGGCGGUCUUCCAGGUGCUGGAUCAGUUGCAGGAGGAGUAGGAGGAGUACAAGGAGCUGGGGCUGGAGGAUAUAAUCCUGCUGCGGCCAAAGCCGCUAAAUAUGGAGUUCCAGGAGGAGCAGGCGCAGGGUUAGGGGGAGCUGGAGGCUAUGGAGCGGGAGCCAGGCCUCCCUAUUAUGGUGUUCCAGGGGGUGCUGGAUUUGGGGGAGCAGGGACUUUUCCAGGGGCUGGAGGAUACAACCCUGCCACCAAAGCUGCUAAAUAUGGAAUACCAGGAGGUGCAGGAGCAGGCCUAGGAGCUGGAGGACUUGGAGGAGCAGGAGGAGGGGUACCAGGGGCUGGGGGUGGAGGAUACAAUCCUGCUGCCGCUGCCAAAGCUGCUAAGUACGGGGUCCCAGGAGGUGCAGGGGCAGGCCUAGGAGCUGGAGGUCUUGGAGGAACAGGAGGGGUACCAGCAGGAGGAGCUGGGGCUGGAGGGUAUAAUCCUGCUGCUGCCAAAGCUGCUAAAUAUGGAGUCCCCGGAGGUGCAGGAGCAGGAGGAGUACCUGGAGGAGGAGCAGGGGGUGUACCUGGGGCUUUAGGAUAUAAUCCUGCUGCAGCCAAAGCUGCUAAAUAUGGAGUUCCAGGAGGUGCAGGAGCAGGUCUAGGAGCUGGAGGACUUGGAGGAGGGGGGGGUGCACCUUGGGCUGGAGGAUAUAAUCCCGCUGCAGCCAAAGCUGCUAAAUAUGGAGUUCAAGGAGGUGUAGGAACAGGCCUGGGAGCAGGAGGACUUGGAGGAGCAGGAGGAAUACAGGGAGUACCUGGAGGAGGAGCAGGGGUUGUCCCUGGGGCUGGAGGAUAUAAUCCUGCUGCAGCCAAAGCUGCUAAAUAUGGUCAGGGGGCUGCUGGUGGGCCAGGGGGUGGAUAUGGGGGUGUGCCUGCUGGAGGAUAUCCCAGGCCUGGGAGCUAUGGGGGAUAUGGAGGGGCAGCAGGAGGGGCAGGAGCAGGAGGAUAUAAUCCUGCUGCGGCCAAAGCUGCUAAAUAUGGAGCUGGAGUAGCCGGCUUAGGAGCUGGAGUAGCCGGCCUAGGAGGAGCAGGAGGAGGGCCAGGGACUGGGGCUGGACCAGGAUAUGGAGGCUAUGGAGGAUAUGGAGGGGUACCAGCAGGAGGGGCUGCCGCUGCUGCCAAAGCUGCUAAAUAUGGAGUUCCAGGAGGAGCUGGCGUGGCCGGGAGAGCAGGAGGGGUACCCGGGGCUGGAUAUGGAGGAGUUCCAGGAGGUGCAGGAGCAGGCCUAGGAGCUGGAGGACUUGGAGGAGCAGGAGGAGGGGUACCAGGGGCUGGAGGACUUGGAGGAGCAGGAGGAGGGGUACCAGGGGCUGGAGGAUAUAACCCUGCUGCGGCCAAAGCUGCUAAAUAUGGAGUCCCCGGAGGUGCAGGAGCAGGAAUAGGAGCAGGAGGAUUACCAGGAGGAGGAUUACCAGGAGGAGGAGGGGGGGGUGUAACUGGGGCUGGUGGAUAUAAUCCCGCUGCAGCCAAAGCUGCUAAAUAUGGAGUCUCAGGAGGUGUAGGAACAGGCUUGGGAGCAGGAGGAGUACAGGGUGGAGUAGGAGCUGGAGGAUAUGAUCCCGCGGCCAAAGCUGCUAAAUAUGGUAAGCCAAACGGGGUGGGCAUCGGUGGAGAAGGUGUGCCAGCGCCAGCAGCGACUCCAAGUCCAGGUGUGGGCGUGGGUGGUGGUGUUGGAGGAACUGCCAUUGAGCGCACUGACUUACCAGUGGGCACAGGGAUACCUAUCGCAGGCAAACCAGAUCCCACACCUAUUGGCACACAGGCCACAGAGGCCCCAGAGCCAGAGCCCAGUGCCACAGGAUUACCAGGAGUUGGUGCUGGGGUUCUUCAACCUAGUGCUGGUACAGGCCCAGCUCAGCCUGGUGUGGGUGUCGGAGCAGGUGGCAAAGCUCCUAAACCGCCUGGUGCAGGGGGAUACCCGUAUGGUGGUUAUGGACAGGCAGGACGACUCCCGUAUGGUCAUGGACAGGGUGCAGGUGGAUAUCCCUAUGGAGGAGGCUAUGGAACUCCAUACGGAGCAGGAGCUGGACAACUUCCUGGAGCCAAGCCCCUGAAACCUCCAGUUGUGGGAGGAGCAGGCGGUGUGGCUGGAGGAGCAGGUAUUCCUCUUACUGGAGCCGGUGGUGGUGUAGGGGGAUACCCGUAUGGUUAUGGUCAAGGUGGUUAUGGACAGGGACAGGGUGCGAGGUAUCCUGCUGGUGUUGGUCUGGGAACAGGGGCAGGAGCAGGUCAAAAAGCACCCAAACCCCCAGGUUAUGGUAACCUGGGUGCUGGUGGUGCUGGUUAUAAUCCAGGUGCUGGUGCGGUCCCAAAUUACGGAGGUGGCUACCCACAACAACGGGGCUACCCACAGCAAGGUGGCGGCUACCCACAGCAAGCCUACCCGGGAGCAUAUGGAGCAGGCCAGACGGCACCACUGACUCCUCAACAAGCCAAAGCAGCCAAGUAUGGCCCACUCCAGAGCUUCCUUGGUGGAGCAGGAGGAGGUGGCUACAGACCAGGAGGAGUUGCUGCUGGAUGCCAAAGCAAAUACUGUGGAAGGCGGAAGUAGAGGAUGUUCUUGAGAAGAAGUUGAAUUUCAAGAAACAAUGGUGCUACUGCAUUAUCUAGAAUGUACAUUUUAUAUGCACAAAAUCCCCCAUUACAGUAUGUAAAGAUAUGUUGUACUUUAUUUGAUAUGUUUUAUACAAACCCACCGACCCAGACUUUUGCACACAUUUGAUGUGACUUGGUGUUAUUGAUUGUGCCUUUAUCGUUACAGUGGUCAUGGUGCUCAUCAUCUCUUACUGACAUGCCUGCGAUGCUCCCCUUUUAGUAGCUAUACUCAGUAGUUGUGUGUGCGUGCAUGUGUGUGGGCGUGUUUGUGUGGACGUUUGCCUAUGUGGCUGUGUGUACGUGUGCGCUUGCACGUGUUGCCAUAGAUGUGUGUGUGUUUGGGUAGAUAGGAGAAUGUGAAAGAUUCUCCAGCCAUAGAAGCACCAGUUCUGUGACAGUACAUCCCUCUACUGCAGUAUCCCCAAUUGCUUAGUGUCUGUGUGUACCAAAGUUGGAGAUCUUCACAUACUGACACGUCAAACUAAGGGUUGAGCUUCAAGAGGUGUGGUUGGUAAAGUGCUGAUAAACUUUGGCCAUGUAUCAGAACUGCCUCCUCUGGCUUUCUAUCAUCUCUGCUGCUAUUUAUAGCCCUGGGUGAAAUAGCAGUGGCAUAGCGGGUGUGUGUGGGCACAGGUUUCACAGUCCAUCUGCCAUCAGUAACUAUUUUAAGUGCCAUGGUUUAAGUAGCCUAUCUUCAGCCUUCUUACCUUGAUUUCCGCCAAACUUGUGAAGUAUGAAGAGCAGGUUUUGCUCUGAAUGUGGGAAAGCUAAUGACAAUCAAUCCAAAGGUGUUCAAAAGAUUUUUAGGUGACCUUUAGUGAUAUUCAUAUCAUACAUUGUGUCGGUUUGUACCAAUCAUUUGAAAUGCAGUGUGUUUUGUUUCUUAAAUGAUUUGUAUGUUUUUAGUUUUUAGAAAUGCAGGUUUUACAAAAAUGUAAAAGUAAAAUUCAAAUCCUUUCAAUACUGCUCUGGCAUGUAUUGUACAUUAUGUAUGUAUGACAUGAACAUUUUGUUUUCUUAAUUAUGUAUAAUUUUUCUGGUGUCCAAGAUUAAGUGCCUAGAAUGUUAUGCAUAUUUGGAAUCAUUCUAGUUUCACAUGCAGUUAUAGUUUAAUUUAUGCAAAUUGCCUCUCAUUAUUCAAGUUUCAAAUGUUUCUGGUCAGAAAAGUAGACUAUCUCCAGAUUUGUGUAAUCUAGAAUAAGGCAACUAACUGUAUGUUGUAGUAAUAGCCCUAGGUUAUCAUGACUCUCACUCUCUUCAGUUAUUGUAGCCUACUCCGUGAUGGUUUUUAUGAACUGUGUGAGCCGCACCUGUCAGGGGCUGCUGCCCUGUGCCGUGGUAUAGUAUUCAUCUGAUUUAAACAGAAGAAAAUAAGGAAUUAUGGGGUUUUCUACUUUUUAAUUUUCACAGCACAUUUGACUUGUGCCCAGCAAUACCGACCUUUUAUUUGCUUCAGUAAAAAAACUAAAUAAAAUUGUUUUAAUGAAUACACA